AUAGAUCAAAAUGGUUAGAAAGGACAGUGAAAGCAGCUGCUCCAGCGAUGGAAGCCACACUCACGAGGACUACACUUUGGCCAACGACGCCGUCGUCACCAAGUACCAGGUUGCUGCUGAAAUCACCAAUGCUGUUCUGAAGGAGGUCCUCGCCAACAUUAAGGAAGGAGCCAUCGCUGGAGAUCUUUGCGAUCUCGGAGACAAGCUGAUUCUCGAGAAAACUGGAAAACUCUACAAGAAGGAGAAGAACUUCACCAAGGGAAUCGCCAUGCCAACUUGCAUUUCUAUUGACAACUGCAUUUGCCAUUACACUCCGCUCAAGUCCGAAGCUCCAGUAGUGUUGAAGAAUGGACAAGUCGUCAAAGUCGAUCUCGGAACACACAUCGAUGGUCUCAUCGCCACCGCCGCUCACACCGUUGUAGUUGGAGCUUCCAAGGACAACAAAGUAACCGGAAAGCUUGCCGAUCUUCUCCGCGGAACCCAUGAUGCGCUCGAAAUCGCCAUUCGUUCCCUCCGUCCAGACACUGAGAAUACCACCAUCACAAAGAACAUCGACAAGACCGCUGCCGAAUUCGGACUUACCCCAAUCGAGAACAUGCUCUCCCACCAGCUCGAGAGAAACGAGAUCGACGGAGAGAAGAAGAUCAUUCAAAACUCUGGAGAGAAGCAGAAGGGAGAAAUCGAGAAGAUCAAGAUCGACAAGCACGAGGCUUACGCCAUCGAUAUCCUCUUCUCCACCGGAAAAGGACAGCCAAAGGACAUGGAUACUCGUACCACCGUCUUCAGAAAGAACGAGCAAGUCAGCUACCAGCUCAAGAUGAAGGCUUCUCGUGUCUUCUUCUCCGAUGUCAACAAAGUGCACGGACCAAUGCCAUUCUCUCUGCGCAGCUUCGAGGAGGAAGUCAAGGCAAAGAUGGGAGUUGUCGAGUGCGAGAAAUACGGACUCCUUGUUCCAUAUCCAGUGUUAUACGAGAAGGAAGGAGAGCUCGUCGCUCAAUUCAAGGCCACCGUUCUUGUUAUGCCAAACGGACUCCUGAAGAUUGCUGGACUCCCAUUCGAUUCGGACGUGUACCAAUCUGAUUUGACCGUCAAGGACCCGGAACUCCAAGCCGUCCUGAAAUCCGCCCUCAAGCCAAAGAAGAAGAAGGAGGCCAAGAAGGACGAGCCAGCAGCCAAGAAAGCAUAAACUCACCCUUUUCACUUUCUAUUUAUGAUUGCCCUUUUGGACCUCUCUUUCCUACUAUCCCCUAUCUGCCUCUUUAAUGGUAUUUAAAAUGCCGAUGGUUUUCUGUCACUAAUGAUUUCCAAGGUUGAGACUGGGUUUUGUAUUGGGUAAAAGCCGUAGUCUCAGAACUACGCUCAUUUCACUGCUUUUAGUUUCUCUUCCCUGGUAGACAACAAAAUCAUUCUGUUAAAAUCUCGAUGUUAAACAUUUCCACCUCUUCCCACUAUUAUCCUUUUUCUCUUUUCUUCCUUGUGUUCAAUUAUCAUUAUUAUUUUUUGUUGGUUUAUUCUCGGUUAUGUCUGUGAGCCGUUUAAUUCAUCUAUGAUAGGAAUCCGGUUGUUGAUUUGGGAUCACAUUCACUUUAUUGAUGAAAAAAGCCUGAUCAUAUACUUGUUCUCAGUUUCCCUUCCCAAACCCCCGUUAAUUUUUUUUUCUCAGUUUGUGUCCAAUAAAUUGAAAUCAGCAGC